AUGCAAACUUUUGUAACAAGCAAACAAUUCAUUUUUAAAAAAUUUCCUCAUAAAGGGAACUCGAUGAAGAAACUGCCUGGGGUAAAAGCCUAUGAAGUAACAUAUCCACAAAAAAUCCAUACUUUGCAGAAAAGAGAUGUGGGAGGAAGUCAGAACUUUCACCAAAAGGCCAAGUAUGAAGAUGCUGUACAGUAUGAGAUUAAAGUGAACGGAAUGAAAGUGGUCCUUCACCUAGAAAAAAAUAAGGAUUUUCUUUCCAAGGACUAUACUGAGACUCAUUACUCCCCUAACGGCACAGAAAUUACAACUAGCCCUGAAAUCAAGGACCACUGCUAUUAUCAAGGUCACAUCCCAAAUGAUAGUGACUCUACUGCAAGCAUCAGUGCGUGUCAUGGCUUGAGAGGAUAUUUUAAGUUGCGUGGCAAGAGGUACCUUAUUGAACCUUUGGAGGCCUUAGACAGUGAAGCACAUGCAGUCUACAAAUAUGAGAGUCUUGAAAAUGAUGAGAUCCCCAAGGUCUGUGGGGUUACCAACACCACAUGGGAAUCAGAAGAUCCCCUCAAAAAGGUUUCCCGGCUGAGUACCAGUAGGGAAAAGCAAGCAUAUCUGAAGGCCAAGAAGUAUGUGGAACUUUACAUAGCUACGGACAUCAGAGUGUUUAGGAGAUACGGCCGCAGUCUUAACAACGUAAGGACAAGAAUAUUUGAAAUUGUCAAUUAUAUAAACGUGGUUUACAAGGCCUUAAACAUUUAUGUAGCUUUGAUUGGCUUAGAAAUUUGGUCUGAUGGGGACAAGAUUGUUGUGGACGCUGCCUCUGGCAUCACUUUAGACCGAUUUGCAGAGUGGAGGACAUCAGAUCUGCUGAAGCGGAAGAAGAAUGACAAUGCCCAGUUACUCACGGGGAUUGACUUCACUGGACCAACAGUAGGAUUGGCCUUUGUGGGAACCAUGUGCAGUCAGACUCACUCCGCAGGGAUUGUUCAGGAUCACAGCAGAAACCCAAUUGCUAUCGGUGCCACUAUGGCCCAUGAAAUGGGUCAUAACUUUGGCAUGAAUCAUGACUCCGAUCUCUGUACGUGCAAUUCAGCCUCUUGUAUCAUGGCAGCAGAGCUCAGCCAUGACAUUCCCUGGGAAUUCAGCUCCUGCAGCCUCCAGGAUUAUCAGAAAUACAUGAUGGACCGGACACCAAGGUGUAUAAUGAACAUGCCAUUACUUAAAGAUAUCAUCACACCACCAGUCUGUGGAAAUGACUUUGUGGAGGAAGGAGAGGAAUGUGACUGCGGCUAUCCACAGGAGUGUUCAAAUAGCUGCUGUGAUGCUGCUACUUGUAAAUUGAAGCCCGAAGCUAAGUGUGGAUUUGGGGACUGUUGUGAAAAUUGCCAGAUCAGAAGAGCGGGAGCUGUAUGCCGGGCAGUUCAGCAUGACUGUGAUCUGCCAGAAUUGUGCACAGGCCUUUCUCAUGAGUGUCCAGAGGAUCGCUUCCGUGUGAAUGGACACCCGUGUAAAAACAACAAAGGUUACUGCUACAUGGGGAAAUGCCCUAUCUUGCAGAACCAAUGCACCGAUCUCUGGGGAAAAGGGGCCACAGUAGCUUCAGAUUCUUGUUAUAAUAUAAACCAGAAUGGGGUGUAUUAUGGACACUGCAGGAAAGCAAACGGCACAUAUAUACCAUGUACACAAAAAGAUAUAAAGUGUGGCAAGUUAUUCUGCACCGGUGGUUCCCGAAUGCCUUCAACUGGAAGCCUAGUAGCAUUUGAUUCAUGUAAAGGCAGUUUCCCAAACAAAGACGAAGAAGAUCAUGGAAUGGUUGCCUUUGGGACAAAAUGUGGAGAAAGCAUGGUCUGCAUCAUGGGACAAUGCCUUGACAUUGAGAGAGCCUACAGAUCCUCCAACUGUUCUGCUCAGUGCCCAGGACAUGGGGUCUGUGACCAUGAAUUGCAAUGCCAGUGUGAGGAAGGAUGGGCACCACCAAACUGUGAAGACUCCACAUGGAACAGAAAUAUCAUCGUCGUCACUGUUUCUGUGUUGGUGAUCCUUAUUGCCGCAGCACUCAUCGGUGCUUUCUUAUGCCGGUAUUUGAUUAUGAAGAAAAAACUAAGCAGCAUCCACAAGAACGUGAAUGGAUCUGCAAACCAUGGCUUCUCAGGACCAGAACAAAAGAGAAGACAGCAUAUGAGCCCCAUAUCUGUUCCUCAAGAGGUCAACCCUACAAGUUUACGUAUUCCACCGCCUCCACCACAAGCAAGCAAACCGCCAGUUCGUAUUCAAAUUCCAGGUGAAGAAUCCCCACACAAGCUGGGCGGCUACCAAAAUGCCAAAAUGCCAAUCAUAAAACCGAAUAUUCCACCUCCUCCUGUUCCAACUGCCAAACCAGCUUUGUCUCCUGUUACAGGCAGUUCAGUAGCAGAAAUAAAGCAUGUUCCUUCUGCUGCCUUCAAACGUAAAGCAGCUCCUCCACCUCCACCUCCGGCUUUGAAACCCCCAAGUAACCCCAAAGUGUGAAGGCUUGGACCAAAUACUGUUCUGGGAUUUCAAGGAGGCAUUUCAUUUUCCUUGGUUCUUCCAUUUGCAAAGGAAACAGAAUGGCUGAUAGCUUUUGAUGG